UUCCCUUCUUUUUUUUUUUUCCCUCUCCCCCUUUUCACCAGCUCAGCGAUUUUUCUUUGGUCUUUGGACUCACUUAACGUGAGCAACAGCUUGUACAACAGUUUGCACUUUCCUCGUCUUAGGCUGUUAUGCUGCCUUUCCCUUUUAGACACUUUGCCAAGCCCCUACAAAGAUGCUGCCAAGCAAGGGGCAGCCUGCGGGCCCAACACAGCAAGGCAGCUGCAGCUUCUUCCAAGGAGGCAUCAGGCUGGACCGGGCAGGAAAGCUUGGCAGAGAGCGACCCUGAGAUGUGGGAUUUGGUGCAGCAAGAAAAAGAUCGCCAGUGCCGGGGACUUGAACUCAUUGCCUCAGAGAAUUUCUGUAGUCGGGCUGCCUUGGAGGCCCUGGGAUCAUGUCUCAACAACAAGUAUUCAGAGGGCUAUCCAGGCAAGAGGUAUUAUGGUGGUUCUGAGGUGGUGGACCGCAUUGAAUUGCUCUGUGAACGCCGUGCUCUUGAAGCUUUUGACCUGGAUCCUGAACGCUGGGGGGUGAAUGUCCAGCCUUAUUCUGGGUCCCCGGCCAAUUUUGCUGCCUACACAGCCUUGCUGCAGCCUCAUGAACGUCUCAUGGGCCUGGAUUUACCCGACGGGGGCCACCUGACUCAUGGAUACAUGUCGGAUGUCAAGCGUAUCUCGGCCACGUCCAUCUUCUUUGAGUCCAUGCCUUACAAACUCAAUCCCAAAACAGGACUCAUUGAUUAUGACCAGCUUGAGUUAACGGCUCGGCUGUUCCGCCCACGCCUCAUCAUUGCUGGCACCAGCGCUUAUGCCCGUCUAAUUGACUAUGCCCGCAUCAAGAAGGUGUGUGAAGAGGUGAAGGCCUACCUGCUUGCUGACAUGGCCCAUAUCAGUGGUCUGGUGGCAGCCAAAGUCAUCCCAUCACCCUUUGACUAUGCUGACGUGGUGACUAGCACCACUCACAAGACUCUGCGAGGUGCAAGAUCAGGGCUGAUUUUCUAUCGUAAGGGUGUCCGUUCUGUGGACAAGAAGAGUGGCCAGGAGACCCUUUACAAUCUGGAGGACAAAAUCAACUUUGCAGUCUUCCCCUCUCUGCAGGGCGGCCCCCACAACCACGCCAUUGCUGCAGUGGCAGUGGCACUGAAACAGGCCAGCUCACCCAUGUUCCAAGAGUAUUGUCAGCAAGUACUGAAGAACUCCAAGGCCAUGGCAGAGGCCUUGCUACAACGAGGAUACACUCUUGUUUCAGGUGGCACAGAUAACCACCUAAUACUACUGGAUCUGCGCCCAAAAGGCAUUGAUGGAGCCCGGGCUGAAAGAGUACUGGAGCUAGUGUCCAUCACUGCUAACAAGAACACCUGUCCUGGGGACAAGAGUGCUUUGACACCUGGAGGCUUGCGACUUGGUAAGAGCAAGGAGGUUUUUUUUAAAAAAAAAAAAGAUUAUGUGGUUGUUUCACAGCUCUUAUUUACCCUCUCUCUUUCUUUUUUUUUUUCCCCCACCACAGCCAAACUGCAAGACUUCAAAUCCUUUUUGCUUUCUGAUCCAGAGACGAAGCAGAGAUUGACAGGUCUUCGGCAGCGUGUUGAAACCUUUGCCCGUGCCUUCCCUAUGCCUGGCUUUGACAAACGUUGAGAUUGGAUUCAACCGAAGACUUGGCUAACCCAUUACCCCUAGAUAGCCAACAGGCUAGACAUGAAGAAUCCCUGAAGCCUUGUCUCUCAGGGCUUCGUCUAGUGGAGCCCUUCUUCAGAGGUGAUCUCCUUGGCCAUUCCCACCCCCCUCUAUUCCUUAUCUCCAUUUUGUAAUGACUCAAACAACUUACUUGGUGUAAAAGAACUUGGCUCUGAUUCACAAUACAUGUAUCGCAUUAUGCAGAACGACUUGUAAGAAUUAAAGUGGUCCACCUCUUUCUAUGAAUGAA